ACGAACGUGGAUCCGAUGACGUAGACGAAGAAUUAAAAAAAAAAGGCCGAUUAACAUUGUUCUUUAUUAUACAUCUCACGCCGAUAAGAUAACGACUGUGUCAUUGUGGUUCGCCGGUGUCAUCUGGGUUUUAGUUUCGUCAGAGAAGCAGCCUUACAGGUAACAAGAUCAUAAUGGGAAUCACCGAAGAUAUUUUUGGAGAAUUUUCUGACCCAGAUUCAGGGAAAAAGAUUUCCGUCAAGCGCUACACUUUGUGCAGUGCCUCAGGCGUGUCUGUUCAGGUGAUUUCUUAUGGUGCUUGUGUCAGUGCUGUCAUAGUGCCAGACAAGACAGGGAAGAAGGACCACGUCACACUUGGCUUUGAUAAAUUUGAAGACUAUACAAAAAUAAAUUAUCAAGGGAGCACCAUAGGACGCCACGCCAACCGCAUUGGAAAAGGGAAGGUGACAAUUGACGGAGAAGAGUGCCAGUUGACAAUUAACAAUAAUGCCAAUCACCUCCAUGGCGGGAAGCGCGGAUGGGAUAAGUACAUCUGGGAGAGUUACAUUAACAAUGGGAGUGUCUUCUUCUCCCACUUCAGCCCAGACGGAGACCAGGGGUAUCCUGGGGAUGUUUUAGCACAGGUGAAAUACACUCUAGAUGAUGAAGGCGGCCUACACAUUGAUUACGAAGCCAUGACAACACGUGCAACAACAAUCAACAUGACAAACCAUGCCUUUUUCAACCUGGCUGGACAUGCUGCAGGACAGAAGGGGUUGUUUGAACAUGUUGUAAAGUUGAAUGCUAAUUGCUUCACACCUGUCUCAGAUCAGCUCAUUCCAACAGGAGAACUAGCCCCCGUAGGAGGGACAGGAUUUGACCUCCGCAGCCCGACCACCUUCAAAGAGGCCCUUACUAAUGUUCCUGGAGGAAUUGAUCACAAUUUCUGCAUUCACGAAAAGCGCAGGGGACUUCUGGAGUUUGCUGCUUCCUUUCAUCAUCCUCCAUCUGGUCGCGUGUUAGAAGUUUACACAACCGAGCCAGGGUUUCAGGUUUAUACAGGCAACUUCCUCCCCAAAGAUGAAGGUGCUAUGGUAGGAAGGAAUGGUUCUUCAUAUAAAUUCCAAGGUGCUUUCUGCUGUGAGCCUCAGAAUUACCCUGAUGCCAUAAAUCAUAAACAUUUUCCAGAAGAUGUUUACUGUCCUGGGAAGCCUUACAAGCAUUCUAUUCUCUUUAAAUUUUUAGUUAGAAAGUGAAAUAUUUUAUACUUGAAUAGAAAAGGUUACCAACUCAUAUCAGAUUAUUAUAUAAUUAAAAGUACAUAUAGUGUCUUUUGUUCAUUUACUGGACAUAAUAAUUCGUUCUAAGUAUACAUAUUUUGAAGAAGUAUAUCAGUAUGAAAAUCAAAAUGAUUGUGCCAUUGCAGCUAUUACAAAUUUAUUAGAAAUAUUAUAUUAUAGAGAAGAUUGUUAAGUCAAGAAAAAUAGUCACAGAAAUUUUCACUUUAGAUUUCAAAGUGAAUUGGUUGAGGAGUGUUUGGUUUUGAGUUUUUUUGGUGAUAUUGUUAAUCUUGAUUCAGAUUAGUGAUAUCGUUGUUUGAUUUUCUUUUGAAUUUGCGUGCUUGUUAUGGUGUGUGGUAUUACAGGAGUGUUGGAAGUGCCAAGUUAAUGGAGAUGGAAUAUUGAUGAUUAUAUUUUAUUCUCCCUUUUUUUCAUGGUUAACACUUACAUAUAACAUUUAUAUUUAAUUCAAUCUUGUGAUGAUGAUGGCCUUGUUUAUUCCCUGAGACUCGCCUAUUUGAAGUGAAGGUUGUGCCUUUGUGUGUCUUCUUGAACUGAAUUGGUAUUUGUGCCCUCGCUUACCUGGAAGCUUUUCUUAUCAUCAACCGAGGUCCAUCACAAGAAUGUACACACACACACACACACACACACACACACACACACACACACACACACACACACACACACACACACACACACACACACACACACACACACGCAUACAC